UAGUAAAUGGAUUGGCUGCAGUGGACAGAAAGAAGGACACAAUGGGAGCUACGACGUGUGUCGCAUUUAUUCGGUAACCCCCAGUGCUUGUGUUGAGUUAAAUUACGCACGAGCGAGCGCGCAGGAGCGCAGUGGACGCAGAGCUCAAGUACGUAACGGAGACGCCGGGAACCCCCAGUCCAUGAAGACGUACUUGUUUUCCUAAUAAACAGACCACUUGCUGUCUGAUUUGUUUGUUCUGGUUUUUAAUUUCGCUCACUUAUUUAUGGGGACUUUUCCGGUUGGAUUUGAUGCAUUUUGAGUUUUGUCAAUGCACCAAGGUCUUUUUUCCCACGUCGGGUUUCGCUUUAGUGCUUGAAUAAACACAAUUUUUGCUUCCAUUUCUGCUGGACAACAUCCGUAUAGCAGCUACGAUCUGGUCGUCUGCUUUUUCCAUCAUUCGAUAGAAGAAUCUCAAGGGAGACAUGGAAGUUUGCAAAGGACGUUUAUUGGGCAUCUCGGUGGCCGUGGCGCACGGAUUGUUUUCGGGCUCGCUAAAUAUCCUAUUAAAAUUUCUCAUAACGACCUAUAGCUUCACGUAUCUCACUUUAAUUCAGUGUCUCACCAGCAGCACUGCGGCGCUCACAUUGGAAGUGCUGAGGAGACUGGGCAAGAUAGAUAUACCACCCUUCAGCUUCCAGUUAGUUAAAGUUUUCGCCAGCGUUUGUAUUUUAGCAACGUUGCAGUCCACAUUAACUCUCUGGGCUCUUAGAGGACUGAGUUUACCCAUGUAUGUCGUGUUUAAACGAUGCUUACCUUUGGUCACGUUGGGAAUUGGAGUGUGCGUUCUGAAGAACGGGAUCCCAUCACCUGGCGUUAUAGCGGCAGUUUCAAUCACAACUGGAGGAGCAGCCUUAGCUGGGGCUGGAGAUUUAACAGGUGACCCUUUCGGCUACGUAACAGGCGUUUUAGCAGUUAUCGUCCAUGCCUCCUACCUGGUGCUCAUCCAGAAAGUAAGUGCAGACAGUGAUUAUGGUCCACUCACAGCCCAGUAUACCAUUGCAGUGGUGGCGUCUCCUAUUCUCUUCAUCUGCUCCAUUGUAAGCAUGGACGCCAUUGAUAUGUGGACAUACGAAGGUUGGAAAAAUCCCUUUAUCACAGGCAUCUUCUGUGCCUCCAUCCUCAUUGGUUGUGCUAUGAACUUCACCACACUCCACUGUACGUACAUUAACUCUGCCGUGACCACCAGUUUUGUUGGGGUGGUAAAGAGCAUAGCCACCAUCACGGUGGGCAUGCUGGCCUUCAAUGACGUGAUGCCGACUAAACUUUUUGUGGUAGGUGUUGUGGUUAACACAGCGGGCUCCAUCACCUACUGUGUGGUGAAAUAUUAUGAAACCCAAAAGAAGUUGACUUACCAAGAUAUGGACGAGGCCAAGGAUGAGGGACCGCUAGGAGAACCUUACGUGGAACCAACCAAGCCUGAUGGAGAUAUGGAAACUCUUCCCAAUGGUCUGGAAAGCAUUCCGAACGGAAGCCUGAUGACGUCGGCUGACAGCGAGGACCAGGGUCCUGUUCGUGAGAAUAAAGUUGCAGAGUCCAUAGAGUUAGAAAGACCAGCGGUGACAUCAGACAGCGAGCCUACGAGACAAUCUUUAAGUGACAGUUAUCUAGGGGUCUGGAGAUCUGUUCGUGCCUUAAAGUUCCUAAAGAAAGACACUUUAAUAGAUAAUAUGGAGGUUCAAAGUCCUUGAUGAUUGGUUUUAUGCUUGUCAGAUGUGCAUGUUAAGUAUUGGUAAGAACCGAUAGUGUGAACAAUGUUUGCCUUUUUCUCUCCUUAACAUGGUUUUAAGAAAAACCUUUAUUUUUUUAAAAGGUCUGUUUGUAUAUUAGAGGGAUUAUAGCAUUUUGGAUGAUGGGCAUAAUGUAUAACCGGAAUCCCAAGAAUUAUAAUUAUAGGUUUAUUUAUUUAUCAUUUAUCAUAAUGCAUUGUUUGAUUAAAAUAAUAUUGUUCGCCAGAGGUAGAAAGUCAGGAUGAAAAUUAACAAAAACGAAAAGUACAAAUAUCGUUAUUAAUGGAUUGUUUUUGAAUGAUAAUUUGUUUUAAUGCACGCAGUGUCUGUGCCUGUAUA